AUGACAGGGACACAGCAACAGUCUGAGAUUAUCGAAACAGUUAGUUCUAACGACUCUGACUUAGUUAGGGAUGUUAAACAGGACGAAAAAAUGCAGACAGAUGAUGUUGAGAAGCUUUCUGGAGAUGGCAUAGAAAAGACAAAGAGCGAUGUGAAUUCGGAUGCUAACUUAUCGUUGUACAAGAAAUUCAAAAUACGGGUACCUCGUCACACACUUUAUUUCCACAUUUUGUUGGGGAGUUUUUUCACUGCGUGGUGGCUUUCGAUUUUAAUCCAAGACAAGCAUAGACACGAAUGGUUAAUUCCUACUGUCUUAUGGGGAUUACUUAUGCUUAGACUUAUUUCGUGGCAUUGCAGAAUUUUGUACGUGUUGUUUAACUAUUGCCAGAAGGUCUGGUAUUUUGUGACGGACAUUGUGUAUACUAAAAUCUUGACUACCAGACCAAGGAGGUUGAUGGUUGGCGCUGUCAUAACAGUUGGAGUUAUAUUGCUUGGUACAUUUGUCCCCACUGAAACCGAAUAUUCACGUAGAGAAGAUCGUGCCGUAUCAUUCUUCGGGAUUGUAGUUGCGAUUUUUGGGUUGUAUUUGACAUCAAAUAACAGGAACAUAAUUCAGUGGAAUACGGUUAUCGGUGGUGUGUUGAUGCAGUUUAUUAUUGCCUUAUUUGUGUUGCGUACGAAAUGUGGUUACGAUAUUUUUAAUUUCAUUUCGACUUUAGCUAGAGAGCUCUUAGGGUUUGCUAAAGACGGGGUUGCCUUUUUAACCACAACCGAAGUCUCACAAUUGGGCAUGUUUUUCUUCACAGUUUUACCAUCAGUAGCAUUUUUCGUUGCCUUUAUUCAUAUUUGGUAUUAUUAUGGAGUUGUUCAAUGGUUUAUUGGAAAGUUUGCAUAUCUCUUUUUCUGGACUCUUAGAGUCUCUGGGGCUGAAGCAAUUACAGCUGCUGCAUCUCCGUUCCUUGGUAUUGGUGAGAGUGCCAUUUUAAUUAAAGAUUUAGUACCAUACUUAACCAAAGCUGAGCUUCAUCAAAUUAUGUGUUCUGGUUUCUCUACUAUUUCGGGGGCAGUAUUGGUCGGUUAUAUUGGCCUUGGAUUAAAUCCACAAGCUCUUGUCAGUUCAUGUGUUAUGUCCAUUCCAGCAUCAUUAGCUGUAUCUAAGUUAAGAUACCCUGAAACUGAGGUUCCAGUUUCAAACAGUAAAUUUAAUAUCCCUACGCAUCUGGAAGACGAGGCCACAAGACCCAAAAAUGUUUUACAGGCAUUCUCCAACGGAGCAACAUUGGGUUUAAGAAUAGCAGGUACCAUGAUGAUUCAAUGUAUGUGUAUCAUUGGGCUUGUUGCAUUAUGCAAUGGCCUUUUAACCUGGUUCGGUAACUACUGGAACAUUCAUGAAUUGACCCUUGAACUUAUGUUAUCCUAUAUUUUAUACCCCAUUGGAUUCUUAUUGGGUACCCCAAGAAACGAAAUUUUGCAUGUUACCAAAUUAAUUGGAACUAAGGUCAUUCAAAACGAAUUUGUUGCCUAUAACUUGUUGAUAACCGAAUCACCUUAUAAAGAAAUGUCUAAAAGAGGAACUUUAAUCGCAACUUAUGCUCUCUGUGGGUUUUCUAAUUUGGGUUCUUUGGGAAUUACCUUAGGUGUUUUAAAUACUUUGACCAACAACUCGAGAUCAAGAGAUAUCACGAGUUCUAUCAUAUCUGCCCUUUUUACCGGUGGUAUUGCUACUUUAACAUCGGCUGCCAUUGCAGCUAUGGUUAUUCAUGAUUUGGGUUCGUUUGACAUAAAUUAG